AUGAAGUUGUUGCUUUGGCUUACCGCCGCCCAUGUUGCGCAGGCCGCGGGAAGACAUGGGAUAAUGAAAAAGAGACAGGCAGAGGUUGAGGGGGUUGCUCAUGCACUCAAGUUCGAAGGACUCAGGCUGUCUUAUAUAACCGAGACUGAAACUGCUACUCAAAAAGUUACCGAGACAGAGACGGCGACUGUUGUUCAGACUGUUCAAUGCGAAGCUGAAGCUGCUGCUGGCGAGGUUGUCACCGUUACCAUCAACGCACCUCCAGUUACUGUCACCGAAACCAAGACUGAAGUCGUCAACCAAGUCCAAACUCAAUAUGUCACCCAGGUUCAGGUUAUGACUCAAUAUGUUACCCAGGUCGCACCAGCGCCUCCUCCUGUCGUUGAAACCGUUACUCAAGCUCAACUCGUUACAGUAAUCGUCCCAGGAGAAGCACCAGCGCCUGUUACUGUGAUUCACACCGUGCAAGCCCCCGCAGAGUCUGAUGAUGCUCUUGGUCGAAAGUUCAACCCUGGUGUCACUACGAUCCCCAUUCCUGAGAGCCUUUUGCCCAAGACGACACUCGCAUCGGAUCCCUUUGCUGUGGUUGGUCCCAUUAGAUCGGAAACUAUUGUUCCUCAGCAACCUUCCAGCAUUGUCAACCCUGUUGAGAAUCCUGCCCCCACGGCGGUUGCUCCUCAAGAGCCCAGUUCUGUCGAGCAGCCCGCCACGACUCAGAUUGCGCCCGUAGAACCUAGUUCUAUCGAGCAGCCUGCGACGACACAGCCCGUAGUUUCCGAACAACCUACUACUUCUGCUGCGCAACCCGCUACUACGGAGUCCACCGCUCCUCAGCAGCCUGCCAGUUCCAUCGAAGAACCCAUGGUUGAAGCUUCCUCCACGCAAGGAGGGCAACAGACAUAUGCCCCUUCAAUGGAACUCGGUAACAUGGGCCCCGACACGACAGGAAGACUCGCGCAGCCCGCUCUUGACGGAACCAAGCCCACCACCACUGCCAACGCCGAGUCAGCUUCCAGGACACGAGUCCCUAUCGAUCUGUCCGACCCUUCAAAGCUCAGCAGCGCGCUUAACCUGGGCAACUUGGUUGGAGGAAACGGUGCCCUCAAGGCUCGCGCCACUGGCACGCCAUGA